CUGUUUUUGUAUAUGUCAAAAAAUUUUAUUUAGUAUACAGCAACCUAAGUCUAUACACUUUCUUCAUUUCACAAACUUAAUAAAUUUUAAUAUAAAAAAAAAUUAAAAGAAAAAUAAGAUGGGAAGAGCUGAGGUGGGAACCCCAAAAUACUUGGCUAAUAAAAUGAAAGCUAAGGGACUGCAAAAACUUCGCUGGUAUUGCCAAAUGUGUCAAAAACAAUGUAGAGAUGAAAAUGGUUUCAAAUGCCAUACUCAAAGCGAAGCACAUCAAAGACAAUUAUUGUUGUUUGCAGAGACUCCUGGAAAAUAUAUUUAUAGUUUCUCGAAAGAAUUUUCCGAUGGAUUUUUGGAAAUAUUACGACGAAGAUUUGGUACAAAAAGAGUUAACGCAAAUAAAGUUUAUCAAGAAUAUAUUUCGGACAAAAAUCACUUGCACAUGAAUGCGACGAGAUGGUUAACACUGAGCGAUUACGUAAAAUGGCUCGGAAGGUCUGGGAUAUGUGUAGCAGAUGAAACAGAAAAAGGAUGGUUUAUUACUUAUAUAGACCGAAGUCCUGAAGCUUUAGAAGCACAACAAAAAAAAGAUAGAAAAGAAAAAGCAGAUAAAGAUGAUCAAGAAAGAAUGAUGGAAUUUGUGGAAAAACAAAUAGAACGAGCAAAAGCCACCGAAAAAAUUCCAUCGACAUCACAUACUGCAAAAGAAUUCCAACGCGAAGAAGAAGAACCCUUGAAAUUAGAAUUAAAGAUAAGUAGUAAACUUAAAACUGAAACCGUGGAACUUUCAAAAUUAAAUUUGUUAAAGCGUAAACCAGAGGAACAAGGAAAUAUAUUUAAAAAACCAAAAUCGGUGUACAGCGAUUUAUCAAUUUACAAUAAGAAACAGUCAGCCUUAGACGAGAUAAUAAAGAUGGAGGAGUCUAAAAAAGAAAAGCAAAAUAGAAAAGAUUAUUGGCUUGCUGAAGAUAUUGUUGUUAAAUUUAUAUCAAAAUCUUUAGGCGGUGAAUAUUAUAAACAAAAGGCUAUUGUGUGUAACGUUAUAGAUAACUACCAAGCGAAAAUUAAAUUCAUUGAAAGUGGAAAAAAAUUUAAAGUAGACCAGGAACACUUGGAAACUGUAAUUCCUGCCAUUGGUAAGCCAGUUAAAGUGUUAAAUGGUGCUUAUAGAGGAUGUACAGCAACUUUAUUAGAGGUGAAAGAAGAAGAAUUUAACGUUUCAAUUGAAAUAGCAAAGGGUCCAUUGAAAGGAAGAGUUAUCACAAACGUGCAAUAUGAAGAUAUUAGCAAAUUAGUAACAUAAAAAUCAUAAAAUCAAACUAACAAAUGAAUAUACAUGUCUAUACAUUUUAUACACGUUAACCUUUCGAUACUUUUUUGUUUCCGCAAACUUUUCAGCUUCACGAAUUAUAAAAUUUUUUGUACUUGUUUCAGGCGACUUGUAAUAUGUGUUAUGUUACAUAUCUUACUUCAGUCAAAUGUUUAAGUCAAUUUCAAACAAGAACUUUAAUUUUACAUGCAAGAACUUUAAGAUACAUGCAAUGUCGUUUUCUAAUAAUUUUUCAAACUAUUUAAAGUAAGACUAACUAUAUAACUAUUGGGUUUCGUUAGAAUAAAGUGCAUAUAUAAUUGUGACAGUCGAAGUUAUACAUAUCUCAAGAAAUUGCUAAUUUUCCUUUUGAUCCUUUUUAAGAACUAUGAGGUAUUUAACUGGGUAUUUGAAAAAUGCUUAAACAGAAAUAUACAUAUAUAUAUAUAUGUAUAUAUAUACAUAUCUAUUUUGACAGGUAAUCCAAAAAAAUGGGAUUUGGCAAAGUUAUUGCAUAUGCACAUACUAUUAAGAAAACUAAAAUUGCUCAAGUAAUAAAAUAAAUUACAAGUUGAGGAAAAUUUACUAUAAUUGAGCACGAAAUAUUCAAAUUCAUCUAUGAUGUAUAUAAAGAUUUUAAAUUGAUAUUUGUUGCAAUAAACCU